UUUUUAUAAAUUAUAAAUCUGAUCAUCUAAAUUUUAAGUUCCAAAUCAAGGAAGUUCCUUUUCCUACCUUCGCUAUGGUGUGUCGCUUCAAUCCGUUUUACAUUGGACCCACGCCUCCGAGUUGCUGUACGGAUCUUAAGCCCGAAUGAUGCCCAACUUGCUCGCCAGAUACAGGGUAUCAGGAGCCUCGACCUGUCAACGAAGAGUGCGGCAAGGUGACCAAAAAAGAAGCCAAGGAGAGCAAAUGUGUUCCUCCGUGCAAGGAAGCCCCCAAGAAGGAAAAGAAGGAUAAGUCCGAGAAGAAAGAUUCUAAAAAAACUAAGAAAAAUUAA